AUGGCUCAUCAACAACAAGAAACUCGUUUCAUUGAAAACUUUAUCAUUAUCUGGGUGGACGCGAAGCUUCGUCACAGAAAUACGACGGAUGAUGAUAUUCAGGCAUCGAUUACAGCACUCCGCAGUAUUGUCAAUUCAAUCAAGGUAUUUUAUACGUGUGAAUCAUGUAUUGAUUUUAUUGACAAUAAAGUGAAAGAAGAAAAGGUCUUUUUGAUUGUUUCGGGCUCGCUGGGGCGGCUACCAGUACCUAGCAUUGAACAUGACAUUAAACUUGAUUCGAUUAAUGUGUUUUGUUUUAACAAAUUCAAAUAUGAACAAUGGGCUACGAAAGAACAACAUCGUAAAAUCAAAGGUAUCUUUACAGGUAUUCAAGAUAUAUGUAAUCAACUCAAGGAAGAUAUAAAACAUUGUCAGCAGGAGUUAACUUCUAUUCAAACACUCGGUUCAAAAACAUUAAAAAUUUCUAAUCAACUUGAUGCUUCAUUCAUGUACUCUCAGUUACUCAAAGAUAUUAUACUCAGUAUAGAAUAUGAUAAUGCAACUCGUGAACAAGUGAAAGAAGAUUUUAUUAGUUUUUGUCGAAUUUGCUACGCUCAGAAUAAUGCAGAAUUGUGUGUAAUUGAAGAAUUCAAGCAAAAUUAUAGCAAUCCAUCUCCGAUUUGGUGGUAUACACGUGAAUGUUUUAUGUAUUCAAUGCUAAAUCGAGCUCUAUGUAAGCAAGAUAUGGAAAUUUUGAUCAAAAUGAACUUCUUUAUUUUUGAUCUUCAUCAACAGCUUCAACAUCUUCAUAAAACAAUGAAAAAUAGUGAGAUAUUGACUGUCUAUCGAGGUCAAGGUUAA